ACAGAGCUGGUGUUCAGAAAGCUUCGGUGCGAAGACAUAGUCCACAUACAUGUUCUGGAGCAGAGAUACUUUGCGGACAGCUUCAAGCUAGCACACUCUUUCACUAACUUUAUCUAUGAUUCUAGAUUUUCGUUUGUGUGCGAGCGGAAAGGCAGGAUAGUGGGAGCUAUAAGAGCUGAGAAGUGGAAGAGCAAGGCAGCUAUAGACGCCCUCUGUGUUGAGCAGAUGUUUUCUAACCGGGGGAUUGGGAGAAGGCUGCUGGAGCAGUGCAUAGAAAGCAUCAAAGAGCAUGAACGAUCCGUCAACAUUACACUCAUGGUAAGCGAAAAUAACAAAAUCGCAAAGAGGCUGUACGAAGACGUAGGCUUUGAGGUGCAAAAGUUUGAGCAUGGCGCAUACUUCGAUGGGAGCGGGGGAUUUGUGAUGGUUUGGAAGGGAUGGCCGGCCAAGAACAGCACUGCUAAUUUCAGGUAG